AUGCAUAAUGGAGCUGUGGAUAAUGGGGUGCAGAGGGGAGCUGUGGAUGGGGAGAUGCAGAGGUUCUUCUCGGUUCUCCUGCUUCUUGGAGGUGUCUCCUGCUCUUCAGCCUCUUCGCCCCGAUAUGGAUUCGUCACAUCCCCUCAUUUCCCCAAGACGUAUCCAACUGACAAGCACAUUACCUGGAAUAUUGCCGUCCCGGGAGGGUACAAGAUUUCUCUGAAGUUCCUGGCGUUUAACGUUGAACUCUCUGAAGGAUGUUCCCGAGACUUUGUGACGAUAUCGGAGCCACGUAACGCACGCCGCGCAACGAUACCAGGUCUUCCAUCUCAGGUUUGCGAGGAUCUGAAUUCAGUUUGGGGUGACGGAAAGGACCUGGGGCGAUUCUGCGGCCCCGUGAAUUCCAGUUCUCACCCGGGCCAUCGACGUUUUGUCUCUGAAGGCAACCAAAUGACACUUGAAUUCCAUUCAGAUUUUUCCAACGAGAUGAACGACUCCGCCAUCCUUUAUUCCGGAUUUCAAGCUCAUUACCAGGCAGUGGCCAUUGGCUUUGAGAAUUCACAAGAUCUACUCAAAGGGACCUAUCGCUGCUCUUUGGAUGGACUCUGGGUAAACAGUGAUGACCAAAGUGACCCUCCUUCCUGUAAACCAGUGCCCCCUGGCAUCGUGCGCCUCCUCUGGGCCCUCAGUCAGCCUGUUCUCUGGGCCUCAAGUCAGUUCAGAGAGGAAGUUGGAGAAGUCAAUGCUCUGGAGGCACGGGAGAUGCUGCGCUCUUCACUUCUCGCCUCUUUGGCGGGGUCAAGGAGAAGAAUGUUCCAGAAUGUCCUGGAAGAAGUGGGAGUGUGUGGAAAGCCUUCAAAUCCCAUCACUGGAUAUGGACGUAUUAUUGGAGGUAAAACGGCAGAACCGGGGAACUUCCCUUGGCAAGUCUUAGUGGUGUUUAACGGUCAACAUGGUGCCGGCAUCCUGAUAGGAGAACAUUGGAUAAUGACGGCUGCCCAUCUGAUAAGUGGACCAGAAGACAAAGAAAACCCAGAUGACGUCCAAAAUCUUCACGUUUUCAUCGGUGACACAAAUGCUCAGCAGCUAAGGAAACGAGGUCGCUUAGAAGUUCAGGAAGUUCAUGUGCAUCCAGGAUAUAUCCCCGGCGACCACGACCACGACAUCGCUCUGAUUCGCCUCAAAGAUCCCGUCACCAUGGAUGAGAACACCUCCUCCAUCUGCCUCCCCGAAGACGGCGACGAGUCCUUGUAUGACGCCGGCACUGUGGGGUAUGUGAGCGGAUUCGGAAAGACGGAGAGGGGGAAAAUGUCCAAUCUUCUGAAAUACGUGGCUUUGCCCGUGGCCCGGCGGGACAGGUGCCAGCAACAUAUAGAGGAGAAACAAAGGGACGGGUUUACGCCGCAAAAAUUCACAGAGAACAUGUUCUGCGCCGGAUAUCCAGAAGCUGCGAAACUGAGGAAAGACUCAUGCCAAGGAGACGCCGGGGGGCCGUUUGCCUCCAUAAACGAGGACAAGUGGGUGGCCACGGGUAUCGUGUCUUGGGGUAUUGGUUGUGGCACUGGCUAUGGGUAUUACACCAAAGUCAGCAACUGCAAGGAUUGGAUUAAAGGCCAUCUGCUCUCAUAA